AUGGCCGAGCAAAACGAAGGAAUCCAAACUGUACAAAAUCCCGAUGUCGUCCAAAAAUAUCAAAUGGCGGCAGAAAUUUCGAAUCGCGUGCUUAAGUUGGUUAUUGAAUCCGCUGUAGAUGGAGCAAGAAUAUUGGAUCUUUGUGCAUUAGGUGAUAAAUCAAUAGAGGAUGGUGUGAAAAAUCUUUUUGCGAAAGCUAAGAAUAUCUCUAAAGGCAUUGCUUUUCCAACUUGCGUUUCUGUCAAUCAUAUCAUCUGUCAUUUUUCUCCGUUAUCAUCUGACCCUGAAGGAUCUGAAGUAUUGAAAAAUGGUGAUUUAGUAAAAAUUCAAUUAGGUGCUCAAAUUGAUGGUUAUGCUUCAAUCGUGGCUACUACUAUUGUUGUUGGUGCAUCUAAAGACAAACCUGUCAAGGGUAGAUUAGCCGAUGUCAUAACCGCUGCUCAUCUGGCAUCGGAGGCUGCCUUGAGGUUAGUAAAACCUGGUUUAUCCAAUAACAAAGUAACCGAAACGAUACAAAAGAUUGCUAAAUCUUUCGACACAAAUUCUGUUGAAGGAAUGUUAUCAUAUCAGCAGGAAAGAAAUGAUAUUGAGGGUAAAAAACAAAUUAUUCUCAAUCCGAAUGAAGCUCAAAAACGCGACUUUGAAACCGUACAAUUCGGUGAGAAUGAAGUAUAUGGUAUUGAUAUCUUGAUCUCAACUGGAGAAGGAAAACCUAAGCCUUCUUCUAUCCGUACCACUGUUUAUAAAAAGACUGGAAAUACAUAUUCUUUAAAGAUCAAAACAUCACGUCUCAUAUUUAAUGAGAUUAGUCAAAAAUUUGGCACUUUUCCUUUCCCCCUGAGAGCAUUGGAGGAUGAAAAAAAGGCUAGAUUGGGUAUAGCCGAAUGUGCAAGUCACGCAUUAGUGACACCAUAUGAUGUGUAUCAAGGAAAAGAAGGAGAUUUUGUGGCACAGUUCUUUAAUACAGUUCUUUUAACCAAAAAUGGAUCAAUUAAAAUUACAAACACAUUUUACGAUCCAGAGAUUGUGCAAAAUGCUGCUGAAGAAAAAAAAGAUGAGACUGAAACUGCGGACGAAUAA